CGUCGACAUUCCAAACAACCAACUCCACCUUGACAAGUAAACCCAAGGACAUUAUGAUUCGAAAUGGGAGAAACACCUUCAAUCCUCUACGAGAACUCUGGCGGUACGAUCUUUUUAGUCGAUAUCCCGGCCUCGAUUGAGUCCGCACAAAAACCUUCCGCCCAAUGUUCGUCGCGUGGGACCAACGCGAACCAACGACGCCCUAGGCAUAAGGCUACAAAAACUCAUAUUCUCUCUUCAAGACCAUUAGGAACACCUUAUCCGGGGUCCUCAGAGCCCAAAACAAAAGCUGCGCGUGAGAAAGUUCUGGGGCGAAUCCCGGCCUCCGAAUUGGAAUUCUACGCAGAAGUUCAGCCUCUCAUUGUCAACGCUCUGAACCACAUUAGGGAAAACCGCCAGCCUGGAGAUAGUUGGUGUACCUUGCGGUCUGUGUUCGAAUAUGGGUGUCCAGAUCCCGAACAUUCCGGGAAACCAGAUAAACCCCAGCGAGGAAAGAAGAGGAUGAGAGAAAAUCAGGAAGCACAAAGGCAGGAUGCUAGCAGCGAUCCACCGCUGAUUCUAUCGCCGGGUGUCAAUAGGUUCGAUUCUAUGUCGGAGAUAUCGAAUACCCUAGCCAGAAACACCUCGUUUCAAGAAGCAGUGAUUCAAGUUCGUUGUCACUGUGAUGUGGAGGAGGAGUCUUCCGUGUCGAUCGUCAGCGAAGAUGAAUUGAGUCAGAAUGGACAACAGCACCACCACUAUCACACAUUUUAUGUACCCCCGUCGUCAAACUUGCUGCUUCGCAAACUUCCGAUAACACCGUCCUGUACGAAUGUACAGCAAUCACCACCGAUGCAGCCAAUCCCCGGUCUACCACGAGACCAAAAAUUCAACCUCAUUCUAUUUGAUCCGCCAUGGUCGAACAGGUCUGUUCGUCGCAGUGGCCAUUACCACACGCAAUGUUAUCUUGAUGACGACUCUCUUUCACGGAAAAUAAGCGAUAUCCUCAAGAUACAUUCUACAGAUACGACUAUUUGGGCCCCUAAUUCCUCUAUUGCUGCCAUAUGGGUUACUAACUCCGCGAAAUCGAAGAAGAUAGCGUGCAAUGCUCUCCACGAAGCAGGUUUUAUGGUGUGUGAAGAAUGGAUAUGGAUCAAGACUACUACAAAAGGCGAACCUGUUACACCGUUAGAGGGUCUUUGGAGAAAGCCUUACGAGGUUCUUGUCAUUGGGAAAAGGGCAUGUAAUCAGUGGAAAACCAGGGGACCUAAUCAAAUCUUCCAGAGAGUCAUUGCUGCAGUCCCGGAUGUCCAUUCACGAAAGCCUCACUUGAGGGAUCUCUUCGAAAAGGUAUUCUUUUCUCCUGAGGAUGUACCCAAUCCGUUUAAUCGCGGUCGUACUUACUCUGCUUUGGAGGUGUUUGCCCGGAAUCUGACAGCCGGAUGGUGGGCUUGUGGUGAUGAGGUGCUUUUGUUUAAUUCAGAAGAAUGGUGGAUUUGACCCGAAUCUUGGAUGUAUCACUAUAGAGCUGAGCUUGUGUAUAUAUCUAUAAACCGCUAUACAUGCUAUCCAAAGAGUGUUUAUCAGGUAGACACUCCGUACUAAUGCAAUUCCAUGUCCCGUACAUAUGUAUGCCUUAAAUUACAAGUCUCCUGGGAUAACCACAUCUUUAAC